AUGUCAUUAUUAACACGUAGAAUUGUUGGUGAAGCGCCUAUGAAAAUGGAAGAACGAUUGCCCGAGGACAUAUCGAAAAUUAAGAGAAAACCAAGAAGCGACUCGACACUUUUACCUAGUCGUCCAUCACUUAAAGGAGCGUUGGAAGUGAACAAUAUUUUGGGCAAAGCAGAAUAUUUAUUAAAAGAUCUUAUCAAAGGACCUGAAUCAAUCGUUGUUGAGGGAGGAGGCUAUGAUCUUGAGCCUGUAUGUGGUCGACCAUUGGGUAUACGUCGAUACAGGAAGGAUGAACUCAUCGUGAUGGACGCCUAUUUAGGAAUUUUUACCGUCAAUUUUGCUCAAGGAACAUUUAAACAAUUGCUGAAAGGAGGUCUAAAAAUCAACAAUGAACCACUGAUGUUUUUAAAUGAUUUGGAUGUGGUUAACGAAGAUUUAAUCAUUUUUACAGAUUCAUCUUCACGUUGGGACCGUCGACGUUUUUUUAGUAUCCUACUAGAAGCAAUUCCUAAUGGCAGAGUCCUUACCUUGGUCCCUUCAACGGGUAAGGUGACAGUUAUAAUGGAUAAUCUCUUUUUCCCCAACGGUAUACAAAUGCUUCCAGACAACGAGUCGUUUAUUGUUGCUGAGACAGGAUUGGCUAGAAUAAAGAGACAUUGGUUAUUCGGACGAAAAAAAGGUAAUAGUCAAAUUUUUGCUGAGAAUUUACCCGGUUUACCAGACAAUAUCCGGCAGAGUUUGCAAAAGACAUACUGGGUCGGCCUGGCUGCGAUUAGACGACACCAGCAAACUUCGAUAUUCGAUUUCUUCGCAGAUCAAAUAGCCCUUCGUGAAAUCCUUUUGAAGUUGAUUCCUCAUCGUUAUUUGCAUUUCCUUCUUGCAUUUAAAUCACAUCAUGCAAUGAUCAUCGAGCUUGAUGGAAAUGGUAAAAUCAUAUCAAGUGCACACGACUUGACCGGAAGUGUUAUAAGUGAUGUUUCGCAAGUGACCGAUUCAUCAAAAUAUCUUUAUUUGGGAAGUUUUCACGCAAAUUUUAUUGCGGUUAUACCUAAACAAGCGAUCAAGUGA